CGCGCGCGAGCCCGCGGAGCCGAGCGGGACCUGCUGGGCCGGCCGGGCCAAUCGCCGGCGCGCGGCCGCCCAUGGGCGCGGAGGCGGCGGGGGCGCGGGUGGCCGCGGCCCGGGCCGCUCCGAGGUGAUCGCGCGCGGCGCCCCCUCCGUGCGCGCAGCCCGAGCCGCCGCAGCGAUGAAUUCUGCCGAGCAGACCGUUACGUGGCUCAUCACCCUGGGCGUGCUGGAGUCGCCCAAGAAAACCAUCUCGGACCCCGAGGUGUUCUUGCAGGCGUCGCUCAAGGACGGGGUGGUGCUGUGCCGGCUCUUGGAGCGCCUGCUGCCCGGGACCAUCGAGAAAGUCUACCCGGAGCCGCGGAACGAGAGCGAGUGCCUGAGCAACAUCCGCGAGUUCCUGCGCGCCUGCGGGGCGUCCCUGCGCCUGGAGACUUUCGAUGCAAAUGAUCUGUAUCAGGGGCAGAACUUUAACAAGGUCCUCAGCUCCUUGGUGACACUAAAUAAAGUGACAGCAGACAUCGGAUUAGGAAGUGAUUCUGUGUGUGCUCGGCCCUCUUCACAUCGGAUAAAGUCUUUUGAUUCCCUAGGAUCCCAGUCUUCACACAGCAGGACUUCAAAAUUGCUUCAGAGCCAGUACCGAAGCUUGGACAUGACUGAUAACGGCAGCAGCCGACUGGUAGUGAGAGCCAAGUUUAACUUCCAGCAGACCAACGAAGAUGAGCUCUCCUUCACCAAGGGCGAUGUCAUCCACGUCACGCGAGUGGAGGAAGGCGGCUGGUGGGAGGGCACACACAACGGCAGGACCGGCUGGUUCCCCAGCAACUAUGUGCGAGAGAUCAAGCCAAGUGAGAAGCCUGUGUCCCCCAAAUCUGGAACCUUGAAGAGCCCCCCCAAAGGGUUCGAUACGACUGCCAUCAACAAGAGCUAUUACAAUGUGGUGCUACAGAACAUCCUAGAAACAGAGCAUGAAUAUUCUAAGGAGCUGCAGUCGAUGCUUUCCACCUACCUGCGGCCACUGCAGACCAGCGAGAAGUUGAGUUCAGCAAACACUUCAUUUUUAAUGGGAAAUCUAGAGGAAAUAUCUUCCUUCCAGCAAGUGCUUGUACAGUCCCUGGAAGAAUGUACAAAGUCUCCAGAGGCCCAGCAGAGAGUUGGUGGGUGCUUCCUGAGCCUGAUGCCGCAGAUGAGGACCCUGUACCUUGCUUACUGUGCCAACCACCCAUCUGCUGUGAGCGUCCUCACAGAGCACAGUGAGGAAUUGGGAGAAUUCAUGGAAACAAAAGGUGCCAGCAGCCCUGGGAUCCUGGUGCUGACCACCGGCCUGAGCAAGCCCUUCAUGCGCCUGGACAAGUACCCUACGCUGCUGAAGGAGCUGGAGAGACACAUGGAGGAUUAUCAUCCUGAUAGACAAGAUAUUCAGAAAUCGAUGACUGCCUUCAAGAACCUUUCCGCCCAGUGUCAAGAAGUACGAAAAAGGAAGGAGCUGGAGCUGCAGAUUCUGACGGAGCCCAUCCGGAGCUGGGAGGGGGAUGACAUAAAGACCCUGGGCAGCGUUACGUACAUGUCCCAAGUCACGAUUCAGUGUGCAGGAAAUGAGGAAAAGAACGAGAGGUAUCUCCUGCUCUUCCCAAACCUCCUGCUUAUGUUGUCUGCCAGUCCCAGGAUGAGUGGUUUCAUCUAUCAGGGAAAACUGCCAACGACAGGCAUGACAGUCACAAAGCUUGAGGACAGUGAGAACCACAGGAAUGCCUUUGAAAUAUCAGGGAGCAUGAUCGAGCGGAUUCUGGUGUCGUGCAACAACCAGCAGGACCUGCACGAGUGGGUGGAACACCUGCAGAAGCAGACGAAGGUCACAUCUGCAGGCAACCCCACCGUCAAGCCCCACUCCGUGCCAUCACACACACUUCCUUCCCAUCCUAUCACUCCAUCCAGCAAACACGCGGACAGCAAGCCUGUGGCACUGACGCCUGCGUACCACACACUCCCCCACCCCUCUCACCAUGGCACCCCACAUACCACCAUCAGCUGGGGACCCCUGGAGCCUCCGAAGACCCCCAAGCCUUGGAGCCUGAGCUGUCUGCGGCCCGCACCUCCCCUCCGGCCCUCAGCUGCUCUCUGCUACAAGGAGGAUCUCAGCAAGAGCCCCAAGACCAUGAAAAAGCUGCUGCCAAAACGCAAGCCUGAGCGCAAGCCUUCGGACGAGGAGUUUGCUGUGCGAAAGAGCACAGCCGCUCUGGAAGAAGAUGCGCAGAUCCUGAAGGUAAUCGAGGCUUACUGCACAAGUGCGAAGACGCGGCAGACCCUGAACUCGACAUGGCAAGGCACUGACCUGAUGCAUAAUCACGUCUUGGCUGAUGACGACCAAUCAAGUCUAGACUCCUUGGGUCGUCGCAGUAGCCUUUCUCGUUUGGAGCCCUCAGACCUCUCGGAAGACUCUGAGUAUGACAGUAUAUGGACAGCCCAUAGUUACAGAAUGGGUUCUGCAUCCCGUUCACGUAAAGAAUCUGCUCCACAAGUUUUGCUUCCAGAAGAAGAGAAAAUUAUAGUCGAGGAAACCAAAAGCAAUGGGCAGACGGUGAUAGAAGAAAAGAGCCUCGUGGACACGGUGUACGCAUUAAAGGAUGAAGUCCAAGAAUUAAGACAGGACAACAAAAAGAUGAAGAAGUCCUUGGAGGAGGAGCAGAGGGCUCGAAAGGACCUUGAGAAGCUGGUGAGGAAGGUUCUAAAGAACAUGAACGACCCUGCUUGGGAUGAGACCAAUCUAUAGACUGGCCACACUCUCAGGGCCGAGACAGCAGCUCCCAGACAAGGUCGGGCCACUGGCCCGAUGCACAGUGACAUUCAGGACUGAGGAAGGUGGUCGUCAUCGGGCGAGAGGCAGUGACGAGCUGCUGCUGAAGUGGCUGAUGUGAGCUGUGGACAUGAGGCCUGUGCUGAGCAGGGCUCUACCGCUGCUGCUUGCAGGGACUGAGCAGGGGCCUCCGGCUUUUGGACUUCAGUUGAAUCUAAAAAGCAUACCUGUGUUCUUCUUGUAAAUACUGAAUUCGGAACACAUGCCUGACAUGUGGCUGGCCUAACCCUCUUGCUAGGACUUCCUUCUCAGCCUUUCUGGCCACGGGGAUUAAAAGUGGUGUUCCUGAAGUGCUGCAGGCAGGAGGGAGGAGCAGCCGGGGCAGCUGUGUGACUGUUUUAGCGCAGUCUCCAUGGUGCCGUCAGGAAUACCCCAUUCAGGCACUGUUGUCUUCUUAACUGCAGUAUUCGCUCUCAGGCUGUGGCUGUGUCCAGGGCAACAUGGAGUCUAGGAAGGUGACAUCACUGUCUGCCUGUGCAGCGCGCUCCUGCUGCCUGCCCUGCCUGGGCCCUGGAGAAGCAGGCCAGCCGUGUGCGUCUUGGCUGCCCUCCCCUAAGGGAACUAGACCCUGUACAUAGGCGUGUUAUUUAUUCCAUGUUCUCUAGCCGGUGCUGCUGGGCAGGGUUUGGCUGCAGGCUGUUUUCAGCCAUGAGCUCCGCUUUGCCUUCGGCUGCAGUCAACGUUGUCCAGGCCACUGAAAGGCCCUCCUUCCCCUCCUUGACGAGAAUAAAGCAAUACAUAUCCCAAGUUGAACUACACAGGGAAAGCCCCAAAGGACCAUGCCCUGGCGUGCCCGUCCGCAACUCUGCUGCCUCCCCAGGCCCAGGCAGGCCCUGUAAGUCUGGUGGCCUGGGCUAGAGGCACUGUUUGAUGUUGGUCCAGGGCUUGCCUCUGGUUUGGCAAUAAGUGACAGUGACCUCAGGAGCUUGGCGGUCUACAUCCUUCCUCUGGAGAGGUUGUUUUGAGGUCAGAGAUUCUUCUGCAUAGAAGGGUGUUUGUCUUUAAACACUCAGUAGCAGCAUGGCUGCCGGGCCUCAGCAUAGCCUCUCUUUCUAGGACCUGGCCCCUGCUCGCCCAUCCUGUGUGGAGGUUUCCGAGCAGGCGUUUGGAGGCCCUUGGCGUUCCUCCACACUGGCUGGCUGCAGUGUCCACCUUGCGUCUGUCAGGAUCCGGCAGGCCUCGCUUGACCUCUCGGCAGCAAUUCCCACUCCUUUUAGCGUGUUACCGGUCUGUGCUGGGAGGGAGAAGAUGAAGGGUACUCCUGUUCUUUCUGGUCAGCUCUGCUUCCAAGCACUUUGCUGACCCGAAAGACAGUGCAGCAGAAGACGGUGCAUUUGCUGUCACAGUAGACCUUAACUCAGGAACAGCAGGCCCUGCAUCUGCCCACUGCUGGCAGCAGGUACCCGGGGUUGCUGUGUGGCUCCGCCAAGAGUAGGCAAAGACCCUGUGUGCCGCUGUCCUCAGCACCGCCGGGUCGCCGUCCUCGCCCCAGGACAAUGUCUUACAGACCUGCCUUAAUGAUUAGCUUGGAGACUUCCAUGAGUAUUCAUGUUCCAACACCCUCCCCCUGGGCAGGGUGGCUGGGGGUCGAGUGAGCACGCUGCCUUUUUCUGUCACCCAGCGUCUUCCAGGCUCUCCAGGGAGCGAGCGUUUGCAUCCGAGAGCAGUUCUUUUUAGAAACCAGCCCUGUUGUACACCCAUUUCUCUGCUCCAGUCUCUGCGGGCAGGGCUUCGCUGUCAACAGCACAGGGCGCCAUUCCCCAACUGUUAUUCCUCCGUCCUCUCUUAAGGGAUGAGGGGCACUAAGCCAUUUCCUCUCCUGUAGAUGUGAAGCACUUUCCGUUCUGAACCAUGUUGCAAUGUAGCAGCCCCUGAUGCUCCAUUGUCCUCUCCCAUCUGCUGUCCAUGCGCCUGUGUGCACUUCAUGCCAAUCCCCCACUUCCUGGGAUGCCCGGGGCAUCCUGACAUCACAGGACAGCCGGUGUUGACCACUGCAGCGUGUGUGCUCUCUCCUUGGAAUUAUUAAACUCCCUAUUUUUCUUAUCUCAUAA